AUGUUUCCAGUGAAUCAACUAAAGAACACUCCCUGGUGCGUCACCGAUGAAAAUGCCAUUCAGUGUGAGAACAACAACAACCACAACUCAUUGGGCAUAAUCAUUGCCUUGGUAAAUGGACAAACCAGUGGAAGUGGCAGCCUGACAGUCGACUCCCAUGACAUCACCGUUCUGUUGAACAGCAACGAGAGUUUCAUUGUCUUUGCCCAGGAAGAUCUAACCGAGCCUGUGAGCGUGAGGCUGGUGAAACAGCACGACGAUCAUUUGAAUUUGGAUCCUGAGUCAUUUGUCUAUGCAGCGGGAGCUGGAGCGGCCAACCAGACGGUGGUGAUAACCGGCCUAAGGGCUGGCCAUGUGGUUGUCUCCGCCAUCGAUGCUUCCAAUGCCAUCAUUGAGGAUGUCUAUCUGCGUGUCACUGUGGCCGUGUCGAAGGGUCUCAUCUACACCUCCAUUGUGUUCGGUUGGGUGUACUUUGUGGCCUGGUCGGUUUCAUUCUAUCCACAAAUAUGGAUCAACUUUAAGCGCAAAUCGGUGGAGGGCCUAAACUUUGACUUUGUCAUGCUGAACAUUGUGGGCUUCACGCUGUACAGCAUGUUCAAUUGCGGCCUGUACUUCUUUGAUAGCAUGCAGCAGGAGUACGAGAGCCGAAAUUCGCGUGGCCUCAUUCCGGUGAUGUUGAACGAUGUUGUCUUCUCGCUGCAUGCCAUGUUCGCCACCAUCAUAACGAUCGUUCAGUGCUGCAUCUAUGAGCGUGCUGGUCAAAGGGUCUCGUGGACAGCCUAUUCCUUGUUGAGUGUCUUUGCUGUGGUUGUGAUCGUUGCCGCCUCGCUGGCCGCUGCCUCUGUGCACCACUGGCUGGAUUUUCUCUACUACUGCAGCUAUGUGAAGCUGGCCAUUACCAUUAUCAAAUAUGUGCCGCAGGCACUGAUGAACUACCGCCGCAAGAGCACAGCGGGCUGGAGCAUUGGCAAUAUCCUGCUGGACUUUACGGGCGGCAUGCUGAGUAUGCUGCAAAUGAUACUGAAUGGUUUCAACUAUGAUGAUUGGGCCUCCAUUUUCGGCGAUCCCACCAAGUUUGGCCUGGGCCUCUUCUCUGUGCUAUUUGAUAUAUUCUUCAUGUUGCAGCAUUAUGUGUUCUACAGGCACUCGAGAGAGUCCUCAAACUCUGACCUCACCACCGUUACAGAAGCCCCAAAUCAAACACCAAUCGAGUCGAGACACGAGACUACUGAGAAAUAUUAGUAGCGCUUUUAUCUGUGUGCUGUAGUAGUCGUAGUAGCUGUAUUAGCUUUGUGUGCCUAUUUAUAUUAUUUAAUUUGUAUAUUUUCGAAUUUGUAAAUACAUAAAUGCUUAGCUCUUUCAUAUACUCAUAAA